UCGGCUCGCAAUAUUUCAGGUUAUGUCUCGCGGGCUAUUGUCGUCGGGUUAUCUUUAUCUUUUGUUUAUAUGAUUUCUUGCUUUGACAGUUGACGCCACACAGGCACGAUAGACGCCCACUUAGACGCCAGUAGAUCAAAACAAAACUGUCGAGUUAUGUUGUUCAGUUGAUCGUGAACCAUGACGAUGUACGUAUCGGUCCACGAAUAUUAUCUGCUGCUCGUUUUACUGUUAAUACCAGUCUACCUGUUCUUUCGACUUUGGUCUUGGCUCGGUUGGCAAUUGUUUAUUAAUAAUUAAAACUACACAAUUAC